UUGUAUCUUUUUAUGAUAACGACCGGCAUUUUCGACAAAAUUGUGAGAUUUAGCGGAGUCAUAUUUAAUCAUAUUUAAAAUAUGUCGAACCCAACGGUGUUUUUUGACAUGUCAGCCGGUGGCAAGCCACUUGGCAGAAUAGUGAUGCAGUUGUAUGCUGACAAAGUUCCGAAGACAGCAGAGAAUUUCCGUGCUCUCUGUACUGGUGAGAAGGGAUUUGGAUAUAAGGGGAGCAAGUUCCACAGAGUGAUUCCACAGUUCAUGUGCCAGGGUGGGGAUUUCACACGUGGAAAUGGUACAGGGGGCAAGAGCAUCUAUGGUGCAAAGUUUGCUGAUGAGAACUUCAUUCUGAAGCACACCAAACCUGGCAUCCUGUCAAUGGCAAAUGCUGGACCAAACACCAAUGGCUCUCAGUUUUUUAUCUGCACCGCAAAAACACCCUGGCUAGAUGGGAAGCAUGUUGUGUUUGGCGAGGUUGAUGCUAGCUCAUUGGAAUUAGUGAAGCAGAUUGAAAAAUUGGGCUCACAGUCUGGAAAAACAUCCCAAGAAGUCGUGAUUACCAACUGCGGUCAGUUGUGAGAUCAAAGGAGGAUGUUUACCACUACUAGUCAAGAAACUUUCUUAUUAUGUUAACUGUUACUAUUCAUGUGAACAAUGUUGUAACAUGUUUUGUUUCUGGUUAUUACUCUCGUACAGCAAAUGACUGAAUUAAUGGUUCAGUAAAACAAAACUAAACAAUAUCUACAUUUAACGACAACAGGAAGUAUACAUGUUCAGCUCGACUAUUCAUAGAAUAAGGAGAGCUUUACUUCUCACCCUAGCCUUAGCGUCAAAUCUUAGUUCAAUUUUUUUAUGUAAACAAAUUUCUGUCAAUAUAUCAGCAAAAACAGCAUGUUAUGCUUUAUUUGGAAAAGUGUUCCCUUCCAUCCAACUUACUUAAUAAAUCAACUAAGAAAACUCUAUCUUGAAUAUAAUCCAAUGUAUGGCUCUUUAUUAUUCAACUUUAAUAUUCUGGUUAAUGUAUUGCAUAUAAGCAGUGCUUAGCACACAUAAGUUAAAAUUUAAGUAAAAACGCGAUGUUUUUCAAUGUGACUUUAUAAAAUUGUACUCAACCAUCUAACCUACUAAAAUAAUAAAGUAAGAUAACUGUAUUUUGCAUAUAAUGUAAAUUAUAGCCUUUUAUUGUUUGACUUAAAAAAACAAAACCUGGUCAUGGUUUUGCGUAUAAACACAUUUAAGUCAAUAACUCUGCGCAAAAUGCAAUGAAUCUUUAGACAUUUUUUUUUCAACUGUCCAAUCUACUUAAUUUAUCAAGUAAGAUUAGUCUUCUUCGGAUAAAAUUGCUAAAAUUGACCUUUUUUCCCUACAUAGAUAUUCUGGUUAAGGUUUUGCAUGUAAGCACACAGAAGUCAAUAUCUCAGCAACUUCGUGACAUAUUGCAUGAAAACUUUACGUAAGGGUUUUUGGACUAGGGCACUUGUGGCCUAGUUCAUAGCGAUACUCAUGAUAUCUACAUUCUCAAGCCCCAUCUGGGGGUUCACUGACGUAAUGUAUUCAUACGCUGUAUUUUGAUUGGAUUGCCGUUAGCGAAUUUGAAUAAUCAAAGCAGUACCAGAACUGAUUACAAUGAAAAAAAUCCAUUAAAUAUAGUUCUCCUAACAAUUCUAGCUAACCGUAUGUUCUUUUAAUGAAGCACAAGAAAUUCAUACGUAGCUAGUGAGUUAAUCGGGUGAACUACAUGACUGUUCUUGCAUACGGUCAGAUUACAUGCAAUAAGAAUAUGAACAUAUUGGAAAAGUACGCAUCGAAAUUUUCCCGUUCAAUGCUCUGUAUUGAUAGACUGGUACCCUCUUUCUCUUUUAUCCGAAAAGAAACCAUUAUCAGCUAACCGCGGUGCCCAUCGGGCAUUCGAAAUGUCUUGUGAAUUCAUACUUAAAGCGACUAAAGUGUGUGGUCUAAGUAGAAAACAACCAGGAAAGUUUGUUUAAAAAAAGUAUUGUUAAUAUCCUUUGUAUAGAAUGUUGGUAUUUAUUUAUAAAAACGAUAUCCAUUGUUAAUAAAAAAAAUCCGAAGUCGG